GACUCUGAAAAUGGCCCCAGUCCCCUUCCUGACCUCAGUGUCCAAGUCUCAUUGCCCGUUCCCGCCGCUUACAUGAACCAGUUAGUUGUUCAUCCAGGCAAAACUUCUGGGUGGAGAUUUCACAGUGAAGUGUAGGGGAUGGAGUUAAGAGAUAUAAAGGGUGUUGGGGUCCAGGGUCCUAAGAAGGAGGCCCAAGACUGUAGGCCAGGAACUUUUGUCCAGAAUGCCAAACUCCUGGAAUCCCACCUGUACCCUGGAUGCCCUGCAGUAGAAUUUUGAACAAGAGACCCCACUAUCACAUCUUAAGGCCUAGAGGGGCGAAGGGAGGUCUGUCCAGGGAGGCCAGCUUGCCUGGGGCGGGAUGGCGCCCCAGGGAACACCCACUGCUCGGAUGCUUUGCCAUUCCAAGCUGGCCCUUUAAACCCUACACCAUGAUGUCACCAUAGACAGCAAGGGAUGGGAGGGGGACUGCAGGCCUGAGGGAGGACUGCAUUUCCCAGCAGUCUUGGGUGCACCACACCUCUCCCAGCAGGCACUGGUUCACUGCAGACUAUUAACCAGUUCAGUGCCCGUUUCCAAGUGGGUUUGAAGUGUGCGGCCAUUCUGCGGUGAGGGUGGGAUUCCCCCGCGGGUGGAAUGCCUGGGGCACGGAUGAAGCAGGCCAAAUCUUUGGGCCUGGUAUAGGAUUGGGCCUCUUUCCUGUCACGGUCCUGGCCUCACCCCCAGCUUCCUGGUGCAGACUCCCGAGUCCUCUCUUCCGAUGCAGUCUCCUUUCUAGAACGUGGGAGCCUAGCCCCAGGUGGACCCCAUCCCACUCUGCUUAAGCUUUGACCCCAGGCCCCUGCAGGGGUUACCCCUUCGGUCUGGCAUCCCCCUUUAAGCAGUGCGGGGACUACAUCUCCCAGUGGCCCUGGGAACUUUCUGACGCAGCACCCCCCUCCACCCCCCCAGCCCUCGGGGAGGUGCGGGCCGGGCGGGGGGAGGUGACUUGAUGUCAUCCUGAGCAGCUGGGCGGCGGGUGCCGGUGCGCACAGAGCCGGGGCUCCCGCAGCGCAACGCCGCGCUGGGUCGGGUCCCAAGACUUGAGGAGAGGUCUGCACGCUGCCGGGGUAGCCCAGAGCGCACCGGACGCCCGCACCCGACCUGGGGCUGAGCUGGGGGCAUGCUCCGGCUCUCCCGGAGCCCGAGAGAGAACCCAGGAGCGCCGCCACCCAGAGCCAGCGCCUGGAGCGGAACCGCUGCGAAGGAGACCUGAACAGCGGCCCCUUCCCCACCCGCAGCCCCCGGUGGUUGGGGACGGAAGUCUGGGCUUCUGAGAAAGCCAGGGUGAGAACCCUAACUGGACUCUUCGGGACCCCCAGGAAGGACCUGAGGCCUGAGCCAUCCUCCUCUCUACUCUGCCUGCCCCCCAGGACUGGGCAGUUGCCGAAGGCCCUGGGGGGGGGCCCAGACUGUGGUUGUGUGCCCCCCCCCCCAGCAUGGGCCCAAGUUAGUCAGCCUCACCCCAUUCGGCAUCCUCCAGGCCCAGAGGGAACCCCAGGGGCUCUGAAGGCUUGACCCACCACCUGGCCACCAUGGAGACAAAGCUGCCCCCUGCAAGCACCCCCACCAGCCCUUCUUCCCCAGGGCUAUCGCCUGUGCCCCCACCCGACAAGGUGGAUGGCUUCUCCCGCCGUUCCCUCCGCAGGGCCCGGCCCCGGCGCUCCCAUAGCUCCUCCCAGUUCCGCUAUCAGAGCAACCAGCAAGAGCUCACUCCACUGCCCCUGCUCAAAGAUGUGCCAGCCUCGGAACUGCACGAGCUCUUGAGCCGGAAGCUGGCCCAGUGUGGGGUGAUGUUUGACUUUUUGGACUGUGUGGCUGACCUGAAGGGGAAGGAGGUGAAGCGGGCAGCACUCAAUGAGCUGGUGGAGUGUGUGGGGAGCACCCGGGGGGUCCUCAUUGAGCCUGUCUACCCAGACAUCAUCCGCAUGAUCUCAGUGAAUAUCUUCAGGACCCUACCACCCAGUGAGAACCCUGAAUUUGAUCCUGAAGAGGAUGAACCCAACCUGGAGCCUUCCUGGCCACAUCUGCAGCUGGUAUAUGAGUUUUUCCUGCGUUUCUUGGAGAGCCCAGAUUUUCAACCCUCCGUGGCCAAGAGAUAUGUGGAUCAAAAGUUUGUGCUGAUGCUCCUGGAGCUAUUUGAUAGUGAGGACCCCCGGGAGCGUGAGUACCUCAAGACCAUCCUGCACCGGGUCUAUGGCAAGUUCCUGGGGCUCCGGGCCUACAUCCGCAAACAGUGCAGCCACAUCUUCCUCCGGUGGGUGCCUGCUGCCUGCCCAGCUGAGACCUGGGGAGGGAAGGGAGAGCUGUAGGGGAGAAGAUGGAGG